ACUCAUUGCCACGGGGGGACCGCGCUGGUGGUCGCCUUGGAACCCCGCCUGCUCCCGGGGGGCUGGAGGGAAAGGACGCUGACCCCUGGGGGAAGGGAAGGUGUAGGAAUAAAGAGCGGAGAGCUGAGGUGUAAUUGCACACACCGUCCCUCGCACAGGACAGACGGACGGACGGAACUUGGGGGAGGGGGCGAUGCCACGGCAGCGUCUAAGGACUCUGGAAUAGGUGCAGAGGGUCCGUGAAGUGAAGAGCAAGGAGAUUCGACUAAAAAAUGGAAUUUGCACUUCUGACUCUCUCUCGCUGCUGCCUCUGUGGAAGCGAUGGUCCAGCAGGGCAGGCAGUAGGGGAAGCUUUGGCUUAAUGGUGAAAUGCCUUGUGUAUUAUGGUUUAUAUGCCAGGAGAAGGGCCAGGAAAAGUAAGCAAGUAAAGAUAAAAUGAUUCCUUAAAAUUGAACUUUGCCACUAGAAUUACUACCUUACCUGUGCUGUGAACAGAGGCAUUGCUGGUUGUUUGGAAGCAGAUUCCCACUUCAUGACAAAGAGAGACUUGAGAAGUGGUUGCGGAACAUGAAGCGGGAUUCCUGGACUCCAAGCAAGCACCAGCUCCUGUGCAGCGACCAUUUCACCCCCGAUUCCCUGGACGUGCGGUGGGGAAUACGCUACUUGAAAAACACCGCUGUGCCAACCAUUUUCUCUUCCCCAGAUGAUGAGGAAAAAGAUUCUUCUCAGAACAGUUCACAGCAGGUACAGAAAAAAGGCCAGGAAGAAACAAAUGUUGUGUCAGAGAAAGUGUCUGUACCACUUGAACCUUGUACACCAAAGAAAAAUUCUGUAAUUGCACAAAAUGUAGAGGAAAAAGCAGAAGUGGUUUGCUCAACUGCACUGAGUGAACCUUUACAAAUUCAAAACCUGCAGCUUCCACAUGAAGGUGGCUUUCAGGCAGACCAUGUCAUCCUUGACAGUUCAUCUAGGCAGUACCUACAUCAGCCUAAUCCUGUUCUAAUGACAGCAGCAGUCCAGGGCAUGGAGGCUACCGGUGUUCAUACUUCUGUAGAGGAUUCAGGAGGUUGUACAGCUACAGUCCUGCAGUUUACAGACUCUGACUGCUUGAAUUCAUCUCUGAAACUGAACAGUGCUCUAGGGUUGGUUACUGACUAUGCAGUUGAAAAUUCUGUCCCUCACGUGGUCUGUUCUGAAGUGCAGACAAGUGAAGAUGCAGUUUUACUGAGUACAGUCACACAAACUAUUGAACAGUUCAGUGGAACUGAAGAGUCUGUCAUUGCUAUUAUUAUGCCAGCUGAGAGUCCUGAAGAGCCUGAAAGAGUAAAUACUUCCUGUCUGCCUGUUAAGGAAGAGUUUCUUGACACAGAGGAGACAGAAGUGAUUGGAUAUGAUGGAAAUGAAAUACUGCAGACUGAGCAUUCAUAUUGCAGACAAGACACAGACAGAGAUCACCUUUGGCAAAAAAUUUCAAAACUCCACUCUAAGAUAACUUUACUUGAAAUGCAAGAGGUAAAAACUUUGGGGAGACUCAGGUCCUUGGAAGCUCUUAUUAGACAAUUGAAGCAAGAAAACCUGCUUUCUGAAGAAAAGCUGAAGUUGGUAGAAAACUACUUUACAACACUUGAAGUGACUGUGAUACAGUAAAGAUUUUAAGUUGAUGGUUCCCAAAUAUCUUUUUAACCUCUUUGACUGUACUUUUGGACAAAUUAACUUUUUUUCCAGUUGUGGUGUUUUAAACAUCUAAUGAAAAUCAUGUGAAUAGCAUUCUUUGAAAUGUUACAUCAAACAAAGCUAAGUGGUAGAAUGUUGUCUGUAAAACAUGACUGGCAAGUAAAAUUAAAAAAAAAACCAAAUUGGGCAAAGUUUCCUUAAAUGUGUGGAUCAAGUCAGUAAAAGAUAAUUUAACCCUUUCUUAGCUGCAGGCUUCUCUGAAACAUGCAAUGCCUGCAUUGGGGACAGCAGUAGAAUGGACAGAAUAAGCAUACAGGAUGAAUUAUAUAUGUACAUUGUCAUAUGCAUUGUCCAGUGAGGUCAAAAUUGCUCUUUAGUUUUCUGUUCCUAUAACAAUUCUUCUGAUAGUUUUUUGUAUGCUUUGAUUUUAUUAAAAUUGUUUCUGCAUAAA